AUGGAUAAAAGCAGAUUCUCCACUUUGCUGCUCCACAAUUGCACUUUGGAAGCUGACAAAUAUCACAAAGUAGAAAAUAUUCUAAUCCAUAUCAAAUCGAUUUGUGAUAAUAAUCAUUCAGAAACUACAUUUAACAAAGCAUCUGUGACAUUGUCAGAUGUUUUAUUGGAGAAUAAAACAAUCUGUGUUUGCUCUCAUUUGCAGACUGACAUCAACCUUCCCUACCUGACCAUGGAUGCCUCUGGACCCAAACAUCUCAACAUGAAGCUGACCCGCUCGCAGUUUGAGGGUAUUGUGGCUGACCUGAUCCGCCGCACCAUAGCUCCCUGUCAGAAGGCCAUGCAGGAUGCAGAAGUGUCCAAGGGAGACAUUGGAGAAGUGCUGCUGGUUGGGGGUAUGACCCGCAUGCCCAAGGUUCAGCAGACUGUUCAGGACCUGUUUGGUCGUGCUCCCAGUAAAUCUGUCAACCCUGAUGAAGCUGUUGCCAUAGGAGCAGCUAUUCAGGGUGGUGUCUUGGCUGGUGAUGUCACUGAUGUGCUCCUUUUGGAUGUGACGCCACUAUCCUUGGGUAUUGAGACUCUGGGCGGAGUCUUUACUAAACUCAUCAACAGAAACACCACAAUACCCACCAAAAAGAGUCAGGUUUUCUCCACAGCAGCUGAUGGACAGACUCAGGUGGAGAUCAAAGUGUGUCAGGGAGAGAGAGAGAUGGCAACAGACAACAAGGUGCUGGGUCAGUUCACUCUGGUGGGAAUCCCCCCUGCCCCACGUGGAGUUCCCCAGAUUGAGGUCACCUUUGAUAUUGAUGCCAAUGGUAUCGUCCACGUCUCUGCCAAGGACAAGGGCACUGGCCGUGAACAACAGAUUGUGAUCCAGUCAUCAGGAGGACUCAAUAAAGAUGAUAUUGAGAAUAUGAUCAAGAAUGCUGAGAAGUAUGCAGAGGAAGACAGGAGGAGGAAGGACCGAGUGGAAGCCGUCAACAUGGCCGAGGGAAUCGUCCACGACACGGAAUCAAAGAUGGAAGAGUUCAAGGACCAGCUUCCUGCUGAUGAGUGCACCAAACUGAAGGAGGAGAUAUCUAAGGUCAGAAAUCUCCUGGCUAACAAAGACUCGGAAACAGGAGAGAACAUCAAACAGGCAGCCACCAGCCUGCAGCAGGCAUCGCUCAAACUCUUUGAAAUGGCCUACAAGAAGAUGGCAGCAGAGCGAGAUGGCAGCAGCAGCAGCAGCAGCAGCAGCUCAAACUCGUCGGAGGGAGAGAAGAAAGAAGGCCAGCAGUAGAGGGAUCCACUCCGUUGUCUCAUGGUUUCCAUGACAACAGAGGACUGAUGGGUUCCGGGGUGGGCUGGGUGGGUAAGGUGGAAUCUGGAGCAACCAGGUGAAUCAUAUUCGUUGUCAUCGUGCUGUAUACCUGCCACAUGGUGUGUGUGUACAUGUCGAGAGAAGGAGGAGUUGACAGUGGAGGUGGUCUUUGUUUUUUUUCUUGGGUACAAUGGUUAUAUUAUUGGAAAAUUAAAGAAUUAAAUAAGAAAUGUUUUUCUAAUAAAAUCUGGAAUGUGA